CCAAGUGACAAUGGUGGAAAACCCCAUAACUUUACCCUUCGACUACAUCCGACCCAAAUUAUCCCUCACACAUGAAGCAAUAAACCGGCAUCGAGACGAUAACUUACGAAGCCUGUUAGACCGCAAGAAGCUCCACUUAAUUCUCGAUUUAGACCACACGCUAAUCCAUACAAGGAAAACCAUGAAACUACUCGAUCGUGAGAAGGGACAAAGGUUCAAGAAAAUUAACGACGCGUACGAGAUUUUCGAGGGUAAAUUCGUGGUGAAGUUAAGGCCGGGUGUUCGUGAUUUCCUUAACCAAGUUAGUUCGAUGUUUGAUUUAUCGAUCUAUACCACCGGUACGCGAAUCUACGCACACAAUGUGGUUGAAUUACUCGACAAAUCGAGGUUUAUGUACGUGAUUACGAGGGAGGAUUCUUUGAAGGAGAAUCAAAAGAGCCUAAACAAUGUGUUAUUACAUGAACGGGUUGUUUUAAUUGUGGAUGAUAAACAAGAUGUUUGGGAAGAAUCUAGUCGUGAAAAUCUAAUUAAAAUUAAACCUUAUCGAUAUUAUUUACCAACCAAGAAUAAUGCAAAAGAAAGUGACGAUGAGCUUACUAGGGUUUUGAGUAUUUUAAAGGAGGUUCAUCGUGUAUUUUACGAUGAACAUUGUAAGCAUAAUGGGGUGGAAUAUGAUUGUAGUAAUAAAGAUGUGAGAGAAGUGCUUCGAAGAGUUACGCGGAGGUCCGGAAGCCCAUUGUUAAAAAUUAAAGUUAUAAUUGGUUCAUGGUUGGGAAACUUGUUUGGGCCAUGUAAUAGUCAACCAAGAACUAAAGUCUAAAGAUUGAUGAUUCUAAAGAAGGAAGCAAAUGUACAAGUUGUACCAUGUAUUGAGUAAUAUUGUAAAUCUGUAAUAGCUAUACUGGUAUUCAGUUGUUUCUUCAAACAAACACGGUAGACUUGUGUAUAAGGCCAAUUACUAGUCAAAUAGUUACAAAUUUUGA